UUCGCUGCUGGUGGCGGUGGUGGAUUCGGUGGAUCAUCAUUUGAAUCAUCAAGCUUUUCAUCAGGCGGUGGUGCUGGAUCCGAAGGUGGUUUCGCUGCUGGUGGCGGUGGUGGCGCUGAUAGUGCCUUCGAACAAGCUGAUGCAAACCGUGAUGGACAUCUCGAUAUUAAUGAAUUCCGUAACUUCUUUGGUCAACAACUUGGUGGUGCAGGUGGUGGAUCAUCCUACUAA